UGGUUAUAUGGUGGGCGCUGCGUCUCACUAUGACGUCAGCGCUUUGGCGACUAAGGGUGUCGUCGUGGUCUCCGUGAAUUAUCGACUAGAUGUGCUAGGGUUUUUAUCAACCGAAGACGACGCAAUGCCGGGGAACUAUGGGAUGUUGGAUCUGAUAGCAGCACUCAAAUGGGUUAAGGGUAACAUCGCGGCAUUUGGUGGUGACCCUUAUCAGGUGACCGUUUUCGGCGAAAGUGCUGGGUCCUCUAGUAUUUCUCUUUUAAUACUAUCUCCCUUAGCAAAGGGUCUGUUCCAAAGAGCCAUCAUGCAGAGUGGGGUGUCUUUAAGUCCAUGGGCAGCUGAGCACCCUGCGAAUAAAGUCUCUGCUCGCAUGGUAGCUCGCCUGAUUGGCACCAGAGUUGGAUGCAGCGAUUUAAACAAUUCCACAGAUUUACUCUUUUGUCUUCAACAAGCUGAUGGCAAAAUGUUGCUUAACAUUUCGGCCAGUAUAGGAAAAGCGUCUGGUUCGUGGAUCACAGUUGCCCCCAGAGUAGAACGCACCUUUGGAUUUUUGCCUGACUUACCAAUCAGGCUUUUAGCUCGCGGAGAAUUCAACCAUCUGGAAACAAUCAAUGGAUUUAACUUUGAUGAAAUGGGAGGUCUUGUUCCUCUUUUCAAGAGCGUAUCUUUACCUGAUUCUAUUCGCUAUCUUAUUGUACAAUUUCCGAAUCUUACAGAGAAGCAACUCUCCGAAAUUCUGGAAUCAACUUACACCACAAACAGACACGAUGAGCAUACGCGUACAGCAGAACUUGUGGGCAUGGCGAGUGAUUUCUCUUUUACUGGGCCUACCAUCCUUGAACUCAAGAACGUAGCCAUGCAUGCAGCAGAAAAGAGACACUACCUGUACGAGUUCAGCCACAGACCAAGCUUCAGUAAGAUGGCUCCGUGGAUAUCUGCUGUCCACGCUGACGAGAUCCGCUUCGUCUUAGAUAUUCAGCACAAACCGUUCUACGACAAAGACUUUGUCCCUUCUAUGGCCGACAUUGCUGUCUCUAAACAAGUGGUAGAAAUGUGGACCAACUUUGCCAAGACCGGCAACCCAACUCACACUGUGCCUAUGGGGGCAGCAGCCUGGGGCACAUAUAGUCCGUCUUCCCCGGGAUAUCUUCAGAUUAAUGUAACAUCCGAAUUUAAGGUUUGGCCCAGGCCAGAAGUUGCAGAUUUUUACAAGACGAUUAUCCAGAAGAUUGACAUUGGAGAGAGCGUUGUUGUUUAGGCUCCAAGCUGACUUAUUAUGGUCCGGAAGAAAAUAAUUGGCUUUAAUAGACACAAAAGACUUCUAAGAGGGGGAAAAUGUUGAAACAGUGUAUUUGAAUGCAAUGUUUAGCAUUUCUGAGAGCCAAUUUUUGAGUCACAAUUUUUGACAUAAUACGAAUUCCUUGUUCAGUUGGCAGUUCUUUUGUUUUACUUACGGUGGUGAAAAUAAUGAAUCAAUCAUGGUCUUGGUCGAUAUGAACCUUGUUUAACUGGGAAAUAAGUGGCUUAGUUUAUGCUUUGAAGUUUUACUACAUGCCACCGGAGUUGGAUGCAACGUUUUAAACAAAUCCACAGAUUUA